AUGGGAUUCUAUGAGCAGCUGAUUGGUACUGAGAAGCAGAACAGAAGACAUGUGGAUAUAACCAUUUUAAGGAAAGGCCCCCAAUUGAAUAGAACCCAACAGGACUCUUUGACCCAACAUGUGACUGAGAAAGAAGUUUGGGAUGCACUUAAAGGAAUGGGAGACAAUAAAGCACCUGGAACUGAUGGAUUCAAUGCAAAAAUUUUCAAAACAGAUUUCUUUAUAAACAAGAGACUAUACAAAGCAGCAAAUUGUGCUUUGGUGACAUUGAUUCCUAAAAGUAAAGAUGCUUCUGCUAUGAGGGAGAUGAGACCUAUAGCUUGUUGUUCCACAAUCUAUAAGAUCAUCUCAAGGAUCUUGACUGCAAGGUUGAGUAAAGUGAUACACACUACAGUUCAUGAUAGUCAAACUGCAUUUAUGGCUGGGAGAAACAUUCAUGAUAACAUUAUCCUGACACAUGAAUUGAUAAGAGGGUAUAAUAGGAAGCACAUCUCCCCUAGAUGUACUAUCCAAAUUGAUUUACAAAAGGCUUAUGACACUGUGAACUGGGAUGCACUGGAAACAACUUUGAGAACAGUAUCCUACAGGUACCUAAUCAAUGGACAGGUGAGUGGAAUUCUUAAAGCUAAAAGGGGCUUGAGACAGGGGGGUCCUGUGUCCCCUUUGUUGUUUGUCAUAGUCAUGGAAUAUCUCCACAGAUGUAUGGUUGAGCUUGAGUAUAAUAAGGAAUUCAAAUAUCAUCCUAGGGGAGAUGUGAACUCAGUCCAGGUUAUGAUGCAAGCUUUCAAUAGAUUUUAUGAAGAAACAGGCCUUAUAGCUAAUCCAGAAAAAUUCAAGGUAUUCUUUGGUGGCACAUGUUUGGAGGAUCAGCAGGCUAUUAGAGAAACAACUGGUUUUGUGGAAGGGAAACUGCCCAUAAGAUAUUUAGGGGUGCCUUUAGCUAGUAGGAAGUUCUAUGCUGGGAGACAGCAGUUGGUUCAGAGUGUUCUAAUGGCAAUUUCAGGAUAUUGGGUGAAUGUAUUCCCUAUACCAAAGAAGAUCAUAAAAAGAAUUAGGACUCUAUGCAAGAAUUUAUUAUGGUCUGCAAAAGUUGGUGGUAGGAAAGCUUUGGUGGCUUGGGAUAAUGUCCGUGAACCAAAAAAUACAGGAGGGUUGAAUUUCAAAAAAGUAUACACUCAGAAUAACAUAGCUUGGGAAAGAGCCAAUCAAAUGGGGAAAUUCAACACAUCAAGCAUGUACAAAGCAAUUUGUGGAGACAGUGUAGAGGUGCCAUGGAAAUGCUUAUUCUUCCAGAACCGAGCCAGCCCCCGUACUAAUUUCAUUCUCUGGCUGACUUUACUUGGCAGAUUAUCUACUAAGGAUAGACUAGUGCGAUUUGGACUGAUCCAGGAUACUAAUUGUUGUUUCUGUCAACAGAGGGAAACAUUGCAACACCUUUUCUUUGUGUGCGAAUUUUCUAGCAAAAUUUGGGAGGAUGUGUUGCAAUGGAAUGGAUACAAGAGGACUGCCACUACCUGGGACAAGGAGAAAUUAUGUCUGAUCAAAGAGACAGCCAUGAAAGGCUGGCGUAGAGAGAUUUUGAGGAUAAUUAUAGCUGAGACUAUAUAUCAUAUUUGGUAUGAGAGAAAUGAGGUGGUGUUUAAGCACACAAGACCGAGUAUGAACAUCCCCCGCAGGAUUAAGGAUAGAGUAAUGAAUAGAAGCCUCUUGUAUAGGAAGCUAAUCCCACAUGUUAGUAUUAGUAAUGAUAGCUUGAUAUAA